UUAAUCAUUGAUGAUCAGAGUUCAGUUGUUUUCAAAAAUGAGCACUUUGAGUCGACCGAAAUCUCCGCGAACGCCAGUUUCUGGCAAAAAUUUCGAUAAAGAGGAAAGUUUUUGGGACAAAAUUGGCACCCUCGGCCGUAAGAAGCGUAUCAAGGAAGUGCAAGAAGUUCAAGAGGAAGGCAAAAUCGCCAUCGAUUCCCCUGGAAACCCAAAUGCACCGGAAAUUCCCCCGGAGGAUUACAACCUGGAGGAUAAUGAAUCGCGAUCAAUUAUCCAACCAGCGUCGCUGCAGCAUCCCCACGUACGGGAACUGCUACAGGUACUCAUCGAUUGGAUUAACGACGAGUUAGUGGAAGACCGAAUCAUUGUUACCGACAUUGAGGAGGAUCUAUACGAUGGGCAAGUCCUGCAGAAGCUGUUUGAAAAACUGACGGGACAUAAGCUGAACGUACCGGAAGUGACCCAGUCGGCGGAAGGACAACGUCAAAAGCUGACGGUCGUGUUGAAUGCCGUUAAUCAUACAUUGGGCUUCCAUCAUAGCAUCCCUCAAUGGACGGUGGAGAGCAUUCACAGCAAGAAUAUUGUCUCGAUUUUGCAUCUGCUCGUGGCGCUGGUUCGUCAUUUUAGGGCUCCAAUUCGUCUGCCGGAGAAUGUGCAUGUCACAGUUGUUAUGGCGCAGAAAGUCAAUGGUAAACUAACGAGCAAACAAUUUCAGGAGCAAAUCACGCAACAGUACGACGACGUCGGAAUGCGCUGCGAAAGAGACGCAUUCGAUACGCUUUUCGAUCACGCUCCUGAAAAGCUAGCCGUGGUCAAGAAAUCGCUGAUCACCUUCGUGAACAAACAUCUGAACAAGUUGAACUUCGAAGCGGCCGAUUUGAGCUCCGAUUUCAAGGACGGCGUGUUUCUGUGCUUGCUGAUGGGCCUGCUGGGUGGGUUCUUCGUGCCACUGCACGAGUUUCAUCUGACGCCGAAGGAGACCGACCACAUGGUGCACAAUGUGGCGUUUGCGUUCGAGCUGAUGACUGAUCAAGGAUUGAAACCGAAGGCGCGACCGGAAGAUAUCGUGAAUAUGGAUUUGAAGUCAACACUUCGCGUGCUGUAUACUCUUUUUACAAAGUAUCGAAAUAUUUCCUAAGACAUCGGUAUAUGCAGCUAUUGAACAAAACGAAAAGUGCCUUAAUUAAUGAUUGAUAGUAUUUACUGCAGACGCACAAGUUAGCAAUCCUUAGCAUACUUCUGUCUUGGAGUAUAUAUUUAAUUCUGUUUUUGAGCCCAUUUUUUUAAUAGAAUACUUCGAGAAUAGUAAUCGAUGCACCGACAUUUCAAUGAGCUUUCUUUGUUCACGAUAUUGACGAUUGAGUUAAUUCAAGCUGAAGCCUUAAAUUAGUGGUAACAGUAAACAAAAAAGUCAACGGAGAAAAAUGCAAAGAUCGAUGAUUGGUCUGUGUGAAUCGAUAUCCCUAAUUGCCAAUAUAAUUGCAUGUUUGAAUAACUAAUUGCGAAAUGUUAUUAGCAGCUAAUCUCUCUCAUUAUUUUUUAAACUCCGAUAGAUAAUAUAGGUUUGUGCAAAACUAAUGAUCCACAAUAUAAA